UUCCACAUAAAAGACCACAUACGGUGAUUGAUCUAAAAGAAAGACAAAUGAUCAGUUAUGGGAAAGAAAAGCCUACUUGUCAGUUACUCUCUGAACUUACUUUUUUUCUGCCUGUAGAAACCUUUUUUCUAUAACUGCUGGAUCAUGAACUUCCAACAGUUGCUAUGUCAUUUCUGAAUGGCACUAGCCUAACUCCGGCCACGUUCAUCCUCAAUGGCAUCCCUGGGCUGGAAGAAGUGCAUAUGUGGAUCUCCUUCCCUCUGUGCACUAUGUACAGCAUUGCCAUCACAGGGAACUUUGGCCUUAUGUACCUCAUCUACUCUGAAGAGGCCUUGCACAGACCAAUGUACAUCUUCCUAGCCCUUCUUUCCUUCACAGACGUGCUCAUGUGCACCAGCACUCUCCCCAGCACCCUCUGCAUUUUGUGGUUCAACCUCAAGGAGAUUGAUUUUAAGGCCUGCCUGGCCCAGAUGUUCUUUGUGCACGCUUUCACAGGGAUGGAGUCUGGGGUGCUCAUGCUCAUGGCCAUCUGCUGCCCUCUGCGCUAUGCUGCUCUCCUCACCAAUUCAGUCAUUGCCAAGGCCGGGCUCCUCACGUUUCUUAGAGGUGUAGUGCUUGUUAUCCCUUUCACUUUCCUUACCAGGCGCCUGCCAUACUGCAGGGGCAAUGUCAUACAGCACACCUACUGUGACCACAUGUCUGUCGCCAAGAUACCUUGUGGCAAUGUUAAGGUCAACGCUGUUUAUGGUCUAAUGGUUGCCCUCCUGAUUGGGGGUUUUGACAUCUUGUGCAUCACAGUCUCUUACACCAUGAUUCUUCGAGCGGUUGUGAGUCUGUCAUCAGUGGAUGCUCGGCAGAAGGCCUUCAGCACCUGCACUGCCCACAUCUGUGCCAUUGUCAUCACCUAUGUUCCAGCCUUCUUCACCUUCUUUACACACCGUUUUGGGGGACACUCCAUUCCUCCACACAUACACAUUAUUAUGGCUAAUCUCUAUCUACUUAUGCCUCCCACCAUGAAUCCUAUUGUGUAUGGGGUAAAAACCAAGCAGAUACAAGAAAGUGUCACUAGGUUCUUGCUUAAGGGAAAGGACAGUUCUUCUCAAACAUUUACAUAG